GGGGCACGAGGCCCGCGGGACCGCUUCCUUCCGGUAGUCGCCACCGAAGGACUCGCGCGGCGCCACCUCCUGGGCUCCGUCAGUCGCCGGCGCCGCCACGGGACUCCGAGAGUCGCGGGCUCAGCUGGACGCUGGUACCGCGGAUACGGUCAUCGCGGUCCUCAACCUCCUCGCCAUGGGCCCCCUCUCGGCGCGGCUGCUGAUGCAGAGGGGGCGACCCAAGAGCGACCGGCUGGGGAAGAUCCGGAGCCUGGACCUGUCAGGGCUGAAGCUGCUCUCAGAGCAUUUGGACCCCAAGCUCCUGUGCCGCCUGAAGCAGCUGCAGGAGCUGGACCUCUCCAACAACCAGCUGGAGACGCUGCCUGCCAACCUGGGCUUGUCCCACCUGCGCAUCCUCCGCUGUGCCAACAACCAGCUGGGGGACGUCACAGCCUUGUGCCAGUUCCCACAGCUGGAGGAGCUCAGCCUGGAGGGCAACCCUUUCCUGACAGUCAGUGACAACCUGAAAGUCUCCUUUCUCCUGCCCAACCUGCGCAAGGUGAAUGGCAAGGAUGCUUCCUCCACUUCCUCUCAGGUGGAGAACCUGAACCGGGAGCUGACCAGCAGGGUCACGGCUCACUGGGAGAAGUUCAUGGCCUCACUGAGCCCUGAGGAGGGGGCUAAGAAGGCCCAGGCUGACUUUGUGAGGUCCGCCGUCAGGGAUGUUCGCUACGGCCCCGAGUCCCUCAGCGAGUUCACCCAGUGGCGGGUACGGAUGAUCUCUGAGGAGCUGGUGGCCUCCGGUGGGACCCAGGUGCUUGAUGCAGACAUCCAAGAGAGGUCCUCAAAAACCAUAGCUGCCCAGGAGUCCAUGGCAAGGCCAGUGGCCUUGAAACGGCCAGAUGAUGUCCCACUCAACCUCUCUUCCAACAAGCGGGUGUGCACCUCCACACUGGCCCGGGUGGAGGGCAGCCCUGUGGGCGCCGAUGGCAGCCAGCCUGCCCUGAAGCUGGAGCCCCUGCACUUCCUGCAGUGCCACAGCAAGAACAACAGCCCUGAGGACCUGGAGACCCAGCUCUGGGCCUGCGCCUUCGAGCCGGCCUGUGAGGAGGGGCACACAGGGGCCACGUCUCAGACUGUGGCCACAUGUGGCGGGGAGGCCGUGUGUGUCAUCGACUGCCAGACGGGCAUCGUACUGCACAAGUACAAGGCACCUGGCGAGGAGUUCUUCUCGGUGGCCUGGACAGCCCUGACAGUGGUCACGCAGGCAGGCCACAAGAAGCGCUGGAGCGUGCUGGCAGCUGCUGGCCUGCGGGGCCACGUCCGGCUGCUACAUGUGCGUGCUGGCUUCUGCUGCGGGGUCAUACGGGCCCACAAGAGGGCCAUCGCCACCCUCUGCUUCAGCCCUACCCACGAGACUCACCUCUUCACCGCCUCCUAUGACAAGCGGAUCAUCCUCUGGGACAUCGGGGCGCCCAACCACGACUACGAAUUCCAGGCUAGCCAGCUCCUCACACUUGAUACCACGUCCACCCCCCUGCGCCUCUGCCCAGUCGCCUCCUGCCCGGACACCUAUCUGCUGGCUGGCUGUGAGGGUGGCUGCUGCUGCUGGGAUGUGCGGCUGGACCAGCCUCAGAAAAGGAGGGUGUGUGAAGUGGAGUUUGUCUUCUCCGAGGGCUCUGAGGCCUCAGGCCGGAGAGUGGAUGGGCUGGCAUUCGUGAAUAAGGAUGUCGUGGCUUCCAAGGGGAAUGGCCUGGGCACCAUCUGCCUGUGGAGCUGGAGCCAGACGUGGGUGGGCCGAGGCAGCCAGUCCACGGUGGCUGUGGUGGUCCUGGCUUGGCUCCAGUGGUCACCUACCAAGCUGGCCUACUUCUCGCUCAGCACCUGUCCUGCAGAUGAGGGGACUGUGUUGUGUGGGGACGAGGAGGGCAACGUGUGGAUCUAUGACGUCAGGCACGUCCUGACGCAGCAGCCCCCGCUGCCGGCAGCCCCACAGGCCCCCACGCAGAUCCUUAAGUGGCCCCAGCCGCGAGCCCUCAGCCAGACGGUGACCAAGACCAUGGUGAACAUGGUGGUGGCCAACCCCACCUUUACCUACCUCGCCGCCCUGACAGACUCCAACAUUGUAGCCAUCUGGAAGAGACACUAGCCUCGAGCAGGAGCGCCUGCCUCUAUCGCAAAGUACCAGGGACAAGACUUAACUUAUUCACCUUUUGGGCUAAUGACAGAGAUGUUUCUAUUGGUGACUAUUUUUAUUAAACUCUCUACUACGUAAGAGAAGCCUGGGGUUGCUGCUUGUGGGCCCCAUCUGCUGGUGCUACUUUGAGUGAGGCGGGCGGACAUGGGAGGCUUCCACAGCACACUCAUGAAGUUACCCUCUG